AGCGGCAGUGCAGAGGAUGGCGGGGGCUGCUGGGGUGCUGGGGCUCUUGCUGCUGCUGCUGCUGGGGUCUCCGGGCGGCUGUGGGGGCUCGACGGCGCCCCCCCGGGACAGCCUGCGCGAAGAGCUGCUGCUCAGCCCGCUCCCUUCCGGGGACCUCGCCGCCACCUUCCAGUUCCGGGCCCGCUGGGACUCGGAGCUGCACCGGGAGGGAGGUGUGCCGCUCACUCUGCUCCCCGCAGUCUCUCACUACAGGCUCUUCCCCAAGGCUCUGGGUCAGCUCCUCUCCAAGUACUUGGUGCGAGAGCUGCACCUGUCCCUCACCCAGGGCUUCUGGCGAACACGGACCUGGGGACAACCCUACUUGCAAGCUCCAGCCGGGGCCGAGCUCUGGGUCUGGUUCCAGGACUCUGUGACCGAUGUUGAUAAAGCCUGGAAAGAACUUAGUAACAUCCUCUCAGGGAUAUUCUGUGCCUCUCUGAACUUCAUAGAUUCCACCAACACCGUCACUCCAACAGCAUCAUUCAAACCUCUGGGUUUGGCCAAUGUUACAGAUCACCAUCUCCUGAGAUAUGCCGUCUUGCCCCGGGAGGUCGUCUGCACUGAGAACCUCACACCUUGGAAAAAGCUGCUGCCAUGCGGCUCAAAGGCUGGUCUUGCUGUUUUGCUGAAGGCAGAACGUUUGUUCCACACCAGUUACCACUCCCAGGCAGUGCAUAUCCGCCCUAUCUGCAGGGAUGCUUCGUGUCUGAGUGUCUCUUGGGAGCUUAGACAGACCCUCACCGUGGUCUUUGACACCUUCUCCAUUGGUCAAGGAAAGAGAGACUGGUCCCUUUUUAAGAUGUUCUCACGCACUGUCACUGAAGCUUGUCCUCUUGCAUCUGAGAGCAAAAUCUAUGUUGAUAUUUCCAGUAAGACCCAGGAGAAUGAACUGCUGGAGGUGACCCCACCUCCACUGUCCGUGCAUGAAGCAUCUGUCCAAGGAGACAGGAGAACCUAUGCAGUCUAUGACUUACUGAGCCCCUUCCUCUUUAAUGUGUCUCGCAGCCUCAACGUGCAGCUGAAAUGGAAACGGCCCCAGGAUAGCUUGGAUCUGUCAACACCUGUGCUCCAUGCUCAGCGCUAUGUGAGUGGAUAUGGCCUGCAGACAGGAGAAAUCAGCACCCUGAUUUAUAACACCCACCCAUACCGGGCUUUCCCUGUGAUACUACUGGAGACCGUGCCCUGGUACCUGAGACUCUACGUUCACACUUUGGUCAUCACCACCAAGGGAAAGGAAAACAAACCAAGUUAUAUCCAUUACCAGCCGGCUAAGGACCGAAGGCGGCCCCAUCUGCUGGAGAUGUUGAUCCAGCUCCCAGCAAACUCUGUCACCAAGAUCACCAUCCAGUUCGAGAGAGCCUUACUGAAGUGGACAGAGUAUACCCCUGACCCCAACCACGGCUUUUAUGUGAGUCCAUCUGUGCUGAGUGCCCUGGUGCCAAGUGUCAUAGCAAUGAAGGCAGAGGAUGCAGAGCAGAGUCCUCUCUUCACUUCGCUAUUUCCUUCUUCCGAUGGCUCCAGCUACUUUGUGCGUCUGUACACCGAGCCGCUGCUGGUGAACUUGCCAACGCCUGACUUCAGCAUGCCAUAUAACGUCAUCUGCCUGACCUGCACUGUGGUGGCUGUGUGCUACGGCUCCUUCUACAACCUACUGACCAGAACCUUCCAUGUAGAAGAGCCAAACAGGGGAGGCCUGGCCAAGCGACUGGCCAACAUCAUCCGCAAAGUCAGAGGGGUUCCACCCCUCUGAGAGAAUCCAAUGCAGCCAGUGCAGUGGGCAUGUAAUGUGGGCUUCAGUGGGAGGGCUACAGCCAGGGCUUGCAGGGAGACUGAGAGAGGACAGGAAAACAUUGCUGCCUUAUCUCCUGCUGCCUCAUGUACCUCUGUCUCUUGAAGCCAAGAGGGCUGGGAUAACUUCCACCAGUUAAGAGGCUGCUGGGAAUUGUAGUCCCAAAGCUCCAUGAUCACAGGGAAGUGCAGAGCCAAGUGAUCAGGAAAGAGGUGUGAUAGUCCUCUUCUGGGGAAGGGUAAUUUAUGUUCUGUAAAAAGAUACCAGAAAUAAAUCUGAGCUGUUCUGUA